ACCAAAACUGCAUCCAAGAGUCAGGAUUCAGCAGAAACACCAAAGCAGAAGCUGUUAAACCUCAUUGGCAACAUGAAAGUAGAAGUGAGCUCCAUGAAGAAAUUCCAGCAACUGAAAAAACCUGAGACCAACAAGCAGAGUGUGACCCAGCAGGAAGGCCUGGGCAGUAGGAGCAGUGCCCCCCGGAAAGCUGCAGAAGGUUCCCAGCGAAGCAAGCCUUUAAAACGAGAACUAGUGGAGGCUGCUUCUGCAGUCGCCUCCUCUUUACCGCUCAACAAGAAACAGACGGAGUCUGAGUUACUUGCACAACUAAGAAGACAUGAAGAAACUACGGAUAAACAGAAGAUGGGGGGAAUUGUUAACAUACGCAACGUUAUUUCAGACAUGACAAUUAAGAGAGAGUCCCCAGCCCAGAGAGGUGCAAGGAUAUCCAAUCUCAUUUCUUUGGAGUUCGAAGAGGAUGGGAAAAGAAUCAAGUCUGAACGAGUCGCAUCUCAGUCUUCUGAUUCCAGAAGGAGUCUCAAAGUAGGAAGGAGACUUAAUAUUUUCACCAAGACUUCUCCAGAUACAGAAAAAACACUGACAACAGCAUCAUCACCAACCAUUUGGGAUUUGGAAUUUGCAAAGGAGAUUGCUGCAGUGACUGAGCAGCCUCCCCGAAAUGGUUUUGAGGAAAUGAUCCAGUGGACAAAGGAAGGAAUACUGUGGGAAUUCCCAAUUGACAAUGAAGCUGCGUGGCUGGGUCCCCGCUGUCUGGGCACCAAGUGGAGCCGGCGUCUUUGGUGGCCAGUGGUGGUUCUGGUGCAGCGACGCGGCUGGGACCUGCUGUCUGCCAUGGGGUGGCCGGUGGACAAAGAGUCUUUGUACGUAGUCAAACAAGAGCCUGUGGCGGUUGGUCCACAAAGGCUGGUCAUGUGGAAAAUCCCAGUGGAGGCCUCCGAAAUGUCUGACCCCUCAGGUUGA